AUGGCCAAUGGCGAAGGCGCGGUUGACGCCGAACCUGGCGAAAUCAAAAGCUGCACCAUCAAGACCCUCCCCAGCGAUAAGUGGGUUUCGGCGGCUGCGCGCGCCGUUGAGCACAACCCGGCCAACGCGCCAAUGGUGCAAAUGCUACACCAGGAAGUGGCAGGAGGCAUUCUUUCCCCAAGCCACCUGACUUUACUGACGGGUAAGUACUGGGGGAGCGCCGGUGUUAGGCUCACCGUGAGCUUUCUCGACGGUCCACCUGCGGAUCUCCGCGCGCGCAUCGUGAGCCACAUGAAUGCCUGGAGGGUGUAUGCAAAUGUGGAAUUUGUUGAAGAAGCCUCGGGCGGCCAGGUCCGAGUUGCGCGAAAAGUAGAUGACGGCCACUGGUCCUACUUGGGAACGGAUAUCCUUUCUGUACCGAACAGCGAGCCGACGAUGAAUCUCGACUCGUUCACAAUGGAUACGCAAGACUCGGAAAUCUAUCGCGUGGUCCGGCAUGAGACGGACCAUACCCUGGGUUUCCCGCACGAACACACUGCCAGUGGUAUCCUAAGUCGCAUCAACCGCGAAAAGGCGAUUACUUACUUCAUGGCAACCGCGAAAUGGACUGGGGAGAUGGUGAUUCAGCAGGUUCUUACGCCGCAGGAUAAUUCGGCCCUGAUAGCUACAGCAGCACCUGAUCCGCUGUCCAUAAUGUGCUAUUUCCUCCCGGCGUCGAUUAUGGAGGAUCACAUCGCCGUGCGUGGCGGCAGCGAUAUUAAUGUAACCGACCGCAAGUUCGCAAGUUCUGUGUACCCAAAAUUCGCGGGUUGGCAGCUGUUGGACAACAAUUCUGCGACUGUCAGCACCAUCGUAGACGACACCAAUCUCUACCAGUUGCACAACACUGGAAAAAUCUGGCGUUACACAGGCCCCCCGCUGACCGGGUGGCAGGAAUUGGACGACAAUACCGCAACGACGAAGAUCGUAGCCGCAAGAGGGAAUCUCUAUCAACUCCACAACACUGGGAAGCUUUGGAAGUAUACCGGCGUCCCACACACGGGCUGGCAAAUGCUGGAUACCAACGCCGCCACAGUUGACCUUGCAGCAAGUGGCGAUGACUUGUAUCAGCUGCACAACUCGGGCCGCAUCCGGAAGUAUACAGGGGUACCUCUAACUGGAUGGCAGGAGUUAGACAACAACGCCGCAACAAAGACGAUUGUUGCUUCCGGCGGGAACCUUUACCAACUCCACAAGACGGGACUGAUCUGGAAAUACACCGGGGUGCCGUACACCGGGUGGCAGAAGCUAGACGAGAAUGCAGCUACCGUCGAAAUUGUCGCUAGAGGCGACGAGCUCUACCAACUCCACAACGCAGGAAAGAUCUGGAAAUACACCGGCAUUCCUGUGACUGGCUGGCAGCUCCUAGACAAUAACCCCGCGACUAAGGAAAUAGCAGUAGGAGCAGGUGGGCUCUACCAAAUCCACACGACUGGAGCAAUUUGGAAGUAUGUUGGCCCGCCGGUGGCAGGCUGGACGCAGCUCGACGGGAAUGAUGCUUCCACUCACAUAGUGGCUGGGAAUUGGCUCUAUCAGCUACAUAGAACUGGUCUCAUCUGGCGACACAUCGGGUAG